CAUCUCAAGUUACCGCCGCCCCUUCUUGCAUACAACUUUGCUGUGUCGAACUUGUCGGCACGCUGUCUUCAUAGGUAGUCCAUGCGGGAGUAUCGCAUUGACGGUGCCAGAACCCGAAACAUAGGUGGUGUCACGAUACCUUAUCCUUGUCCCAAAGUUAUCUGCCGAUCCUUGACUUCAAGCAUACACCAUCGUUGUUAGGGCAAGCACAUUUCAUUUAGCAGACCUUUAAGGGCCGCCGCUAUGGUCCUUUAAGCCUCUACUAAACGUUAUGAGCACUGGUGUCCGUGAUCAAAGCAAAAUGGCUACUGCUGGUUCAAGUGCACUCACACAAGGUGUCACAGAGCACCACGACCCUGUGAAGGAUUGGCUGCGUUCCAAUGUGCCUCUGUUCGGCAGGGAGUUGAUGGCUGGUGGCGCUGCUGGUGCUGUCGCUAAGACAUUCGUGGCGCCUGUUGAGCGCACGAAGAUCUUGCUUAUGACCGGAAAGGCCAAGAUGAGCGCGUACAACACUAUUAAGCUGCUCUUCCAGACGGAGGGCGUGGCGGGCCUUUUCCGAGGCAACGGCGCCUCCUGCCUGCGCAUCGUGCCGUACGCCGCACUGCACUUCAGCUCCUACGAGUUCUACAAACGCCUUCUUUCGGAAGGAGUGCCCACCACCCUGUCGCACACAUCCACUGCGACCGCCUCCUCUUCCGCGGUCGCCGCCUCCUCGGCUAUGUCCUCCUCCUCCAAAAGCAGCAGCGUUGCUGUGGUCUCUGCGUCGAACGGCAUUAGCAGCAGUGCUGACGGCAGCGCCAACACCGAGACUCGCGACGAGUGGGAUGAUGACGCGCUGGUGACUGCGGAGGCCGUGGCGCUGGGAACCAAGCCGGUGGUGGCGGUGGAGGCGGAGCUGCAAGGCCUGCGGAGGGGAGAUGACGCGGUGGAGGAUGCCGACAUGGCCAGCCAGCAGCAGCAGCAGCUACCUCAACAGCAGCAGCCCCAGGUAGGGGCAGCUGGCGGUGCUGCCAAGGAGGGCGGCCGGCGGCGGCUGGGAUCCUUAGAGGAGCUGGUGGCGGGGUCCAUGGCAGGCGCAACUGCCGUACUCGCCACCUACCCCCUGGAUGUCGUACGAACGCGUCUGGCAUGGGUGACGGAGGCGGGCGCUGCAGACCUUGGAGCGGCGACGUCUUCGUCGGCGGCAACCGCAGCGAAGUCAGCGGCCCCCAAGCCGGCCCAGGUAAACCCCUACCACCCCGACCACGGCAUCUUCCGCACCAUCUCCCUCAUCGCGCGGCAAGAGGGCAUGCUGGGGCUGUACCGCGGACUGGCACCCACGCUGUACGGCAUUAUGCCAUACGCGGGCCUGAAGUUCUACGUGUACGGCCUUUUGAAGCAGUGGUACCGCGAGGUGCGGCCACCGCAGCAGCAGCCGCAUGCCUCCCACGGUGGCAGCGGUCACGGCGGCGCGGAGCGGCUGCCUGUCCCAGUAAUGCUCAUGUUUGGCGGGACGGCCGGGCUAGUGGCGCAGACAGCCACGUACCCUCUGGACGUCGUACGGCGGCGCAUGCAGGUCUUUGGCCUGCAGGACCACGCGGCAGUGGCGGCUGCUUCUGCUGGCACCAGCUCUGCUGAGGGCUCCACCGCCGCCGCAGCAUCUACGGCCGCCACCUCAUCCUCCUCUGCCGCCGCUUCCUCCGCCCGGGGCCCCAGCACUUGGGGCACUGCGGUGCACAUCCUGCGCUCCGAGGGCCCUCGGGGGCUGGUGCGCGGGCUGAGCCUCAACUUCCUCAAGGUGGUGCCCUCCACCGCGGUGGGCUUCACCAUGUACGACAUGUUCAAGCAGUACCUCGACAUCAAGGGCACGCUGUGAGGAUUGGGAGAGCAUCGGGGCGCCUGCGCUUUUAUUUGAGGAGUGUGUGUGGAUGUCUGCGGAUGGUUGGUGAAUCAGCAGGAUGAUGGGGUAGAGCUGCGCGCGUGCGAGGAGGAGGAGAAAGGAGGCGCUUGUGGGCAAUAGCGGCAGCGGUAACGGCAUGUGGACAGCGAAGUGGCAGGUGUGAUGUGCGCUGCUGGCGGUCGCAAUAUGCCACAUGCGAGGGGCAGUGCGGGUGAUGGUUAAGUGGUGGAGGCUGAUGGGUUGAAGGGUUUGUUGCCGCCUUGGUCGUGGGUUAGAGUCAUCUUGUGUUCACUUAUGAGGAGGCGCCAUCUACAUAAUACUGAUACGAGGUGCGUUGUCAUGGACUGUGGGGCCCUCUGGUCUUUGCCAGUUGGGCGUACAGGAGAGAAAUAUGUGCAACGGCUGGACGACAGCAUAUCCCAGCUGGAAACUAUAUAGAGGAUCGGACUUUUUGAUCUUCAUUUUGAUUAUGCGUCUUGAGGCGGCCCUUAUUAUCAGAGGGCAUGGUGUACCCUCCGCGCCUGUAAUAACGUGUCUUGCUAGCUGCGUGUGUGCGCGUGUUUGUGAACUGCAAUAGUGCUGCCAGGCUGGUUAGCUGCACUGCUGUGGGUUGCUCCACGAAGCUUAUACAAUAAGCGUUGGGGUGAUGGAAAUGUGCAGUAGUUUGGUGUUAAAGGGCGAUCUCAGUGUGUAGGGAGGGCGUGCUUGUAGGAAAGAUGCCAUGUUGGGCAAUGCUAAUAUGUUAGGGAGGCCGUUUGUCCUCCUCUACUACCUAAAGCCAUGACUACGUAGAAUGGCUUUACUUUCCUGCCCCUGCCUAGGGUCAAUUCACGCAUUAUCUGCGGCGGGGUCCUUCUACAUAAAGCCAUACCUGAAUGGCUUUAACUCGCUCUCCCUUGCACUGGAUAGCUUCAUGCGCCACCUGCGGGGCCCUACGUUGCUCUGCGCGUGCAGAUGCGCGAAUCCGCCUACAUGCACAAGCCCUAUUUGUGUGUGUGUGUGCGUGCUGGCGGGUGGCGGGAAUGCCCCCGCGGCCUCUGCGGAGGGGUAGAGGCAUCGGACGUGAUCGAAAGCUCGAAGUUGCGUUGCUCUGCGUUGCUAACGUGGGGUGGGUUGAGGCGGAGGGCGCGGAGGAGACGGGGGUCUGGGAAGUCUGGGUGAGAGGGCACCACUUCCGGUUCACAUGUGGUUUCUGUGGUUGCGACGGGGGCCCACUGCCUGGGCGCCGUGAUGUGGUUGUGAACAUGGAGGUUUCAGGUUCACCUGCCAUCUUUGCGCCCUGACGCCGCUCGCGACUCGCUUGCCAUGCGAAAACACCUCUUUUUGCCUGCAUGAUGCGUGGUGGGCGGAUGCGGUUGACAUAGGCCGCACCCCACGUGGUGUUUACUGACUCGUCGGCAGAGUCGAAUAGUUGGCUCGCUUCAGUGUGUACGGAAGAAAAGGGUUUCUGAUGGUGGAAUCUUGAGUUGGGCCAUUUAUUGUUGCCUUUGGGCGCACACCCGAUGGCCCUGCGUGACUGAUGUCUUCGAUGAGGUCCUCUACCACAGCUAUUGGUGGUUGCCGCUUGCCAUGUACAGUCGCACGGCAGUGUUGAGGGUCGUAUCUGAAAGCUGCUUUGCCGGUUGGCUUGCUGGGAAAGACAAGGGUGUUGUCGCUAUUAUGCUUGUGAUCCGAUGUUUUCUAUUGCGCUACCCAGCACGAACUUAGCAAUUCAACUCAUACUCAGCGCAAUAGUUUCAUAAACACCGCGCAAACUUCGUUGCUAAGAUGUCGUAUGGUAGUGCAUUACUUAGCUGUCUUUUGGGGAAUGAGAAGGGACGACAACUCGUGUAGGCGUCGCACGCGGAUAUCUUGGCAGUGCCAAUGUCGUACUGGGUUGUGUGGUGGAAGCUUCCAAAAGAGGCCGCCGCAGCAGACGCGGCGGGUGUACUCUCACACGGAAGCACUGCGGCUCACUCCUCGUGUAAUGGAUCGUUAUAG